CAUGAACAGUUCGCGCGUUCAGGCACACAUUUGGCGCCACAGACGCAACACUGCCACUGUAGAAGUGAGAUUGUCCUCUCUUGAAUUAAAACAUACAUUUUUUUACCCUACAUAGCUAUAAACUCAGCUUCAACAUGCUGACAAAGGGAGCGAUAGAGGCCCUAACCAAAUGCUCUAAUGAUUUACAAAACCCCAUACUUCAAUUAGUGAACAUCCGUAAAAUUGAUGGAGGCAGUGGACCAGCCCGCUUUCGUCUGAUGAUGAGUGAUGGACAGCACUCAAUGUCUUCGUUCAUGCUCUCCACCCAGCUCAACCCAAUGGCUGAGGACAACCGACUAGCCCCAAACUGUAUCUGUCAGCUGAAGAGGAGCGUGACCAAUGUCUUAAAGGAUGGACGGCGUGUUGUGGUCAUACUGGACAUGGAGGUGGUGAAGUCUGCUGAUGAGGUGGCUGGGAAGAUCGGAGAGCCCCAGCCUUACGUGGAAGGUCAGAGUAAAACCCCACAGUCAGACCCCAAUCCCUCAGUCCACCCCCUGCAACCCCAGAAUGGAAUUGAUGGCUCCAUGAACAAAGGUCCCAGCAGAGCGUUUGUGGGGAAGAAGGGCAUGCCUCCGUCUGCCAUGCCCAGCACUCCUGGGGGAUCCUCCAAAGUUGUGCCCAUCGCCAGCCUCAACCCCUACCAGUCAAAGUGGACCAUCCGAGCCCGUGUCACCAACAAGAGCGGCAUCCGAACCUGGAGCAACUCUCGUGGGGACGGCAAGCUGUUCUCUAUGGAGAUUGUGGAUGAGAGUGGAGAGAUCAGAGUGACUGCCUUUACCCAGGAGGUGGACAAAUUCUACAGCAUCAUCGAGACUGGCAAGGUGUUCUACAUCUCCAAGGGAUCCCUGAAGAUUGCCAACAAGCAGUACUCAUCCCUGAAGAAUGACUAUGAGAUGACCCUGAAUGGAGAGUCCACCAUCAUUCCCUGUGAAGACACCCAGGACGUACCCAUGGUGCAGUGCAACUUCGUCUCCAUCGCCGACCUGCAGGCCCGAGAAAAGGACACCAUUUUGGAUGUGAUUGGCGUGUGCAAGAGCGUGUCCGACGUGACCCGCCUCAACACCAAGAACAACCGUGAGGUCUCCAAGAGGACACUCAACCUGAUGGACCAGUCUGGUAAACUGGUGGAGGUCACCCUGUGGGGAGAGGAGGCAGAGACCUUUGAUGGCUCUGGGCAGCCCAUCCUGGCCAUCAAAGGGGCCAAGCUGUCGGACUAUGGGGGCCGAUCUCUAUCUGCUUCGUUCAGCAGCACCGUCAUGGUCAACCCCGACAUCCCUGAGGCAUACAAGCUGCGGGGCUGGUAUGACAAGGAGGGCCACUCUAUGGCUGGCGAGUCUCUGACGGAGGCGAGGACAGGUGGAGGAGGAGGAGGGAACACCAACUGGAAGACCCUGGCUGACAUCAAGACGGAGCACCUUGGACACGGAGACAAGGCAGACUACUUCAGCUGCAUCGCCACCAUAGUGUACAUCCGUAAGGAGAACUGUCUGUACCAGGCGUGCCCUAGUCAGGACUGCAAUAAGAAGGUGGUGGACCAGCAGAAUGGCAUGUUCCGCUGUGAGAAGUGUGACAAAGAGUUCCCUAACUUCAAGUACCGACUCAUCCUCUCUGCCAACAUAGCAGACUACGGGGACAACCAGUGGGUGACCUGCUUUCAGGAGAGUGCUGAAGCCAUUUUGGGACAGAACGCUGCUUACCUAGGGCAGCUCAAGGACUCGAAUGAAGCUGCCUUCGAGGAGAUCUUUCAGCAGGCCAACUUCCACACGUUCGUUUUCCGUAACAGAGUCAAGCUGGAGACCUACAAUGAUGAGUCCCGGAUCAAGGCCACGGUGAUGGAGGUGAAACCUGUGGACCACAAGGAGUACAGCAAGAGACUCAUCAUGAACAUCAGGAAGAUGGCUUCCGCCCAAUAAGAACGCUCGCUUUGCCCCCUCAGCUACGUUCAAGCUUCGCCCCCUGAUCUGCAGCCGCAGCACUUCCCAACCUGCCAGAUGGACUGUGAACCAGUCCUAGGUUUAAUCCCAAAUGGCACCCUAUGUAGUGCACUUCUUUUGACCAAAAGUAGUGCACUACAUGGGGAAUAGGGUGUCAUUUCAGACGUAACUGAAGUGUUACUAUUCUAUACUUUUUAUUUAGCUGUGUCCAUGUACCUCUGUUACUCUGUAAGUCACUGAACUUUGAACAUUAACUAUGCUGAAUGUACUGGAAGUUUGGUUUUUGUCUUCUUGGCCCAACCAGUAAUCUUGAGAGAGUGCUGCUGGGGCAGGAUUAUAUCUCUCUGUGUUAUGGUGAUGGGUGGGGGGUGACUUCCGAAACUGCUGACAUUUUGGUUUGUGGAUUAAAUGGAGGGAGGGAUGAAUGGUGCCUGGGAUGGGACAGUCUUAACCACAGAAAUCAUAGCUGUGUGGUCUGUCUUAAGUCAGCUGUUAUUGCAUGGGUGUUUUGUAUACGCAGAGGGGUCUGUACUGUAGCUAGCACUCUGUCACUCGCUCCCACCAUCACUUUGCCUGGACCUACCCAUCCCUGAUAAGAGCAGUGAUUUUCUAACUCUCACACACAGCAAGCAGAAUGCAGGAAAUGCACUGUACUGUAUUUAUGUAGAUACAUGGUUUUUUUUUUUCAGUACCUCUUAAGUUAGAAUAUUUCAGACAGCAAUAAUUGGCAUUUUUCUUUACAUCGAUUUGGUCAGUUGAUUACAUAAAAAUAAACCUGUUUGUGACCAAAAGUCAA